AUGAUGACAUCUCCAGUGUUUGUUCUCUAUCUCAUAUGUCUGUUUGUGGGCAAAACAGCUCAGACAACUUCUGUGAAAUCCUCCUCAUCUGUUCAUCCAGACAGUGGUUUUAUAUCAGCUAAUGUUGGUGACAACGUAACUUUGCAAUGUUACUAUGAAGGUGAUUUUGAAGUGAGUUUUGUUUGGUAUAAGCAAACUCUGGGACAGAAACCAAGGCUCAUCUCCACUACCAAUGAGUAUGAAACAAAAUACACUCUUCAUAAUGAAUUCAAGAACAAUUCACGCUUUACACUGGAGACUGGAAACAGUAAAAAUCACUUGACGAUCACAGAUUUGCAGAUUUCAGACUCAGCUACUUACUACUGUACAGUUGGUAAUUCAUUGAUGUUAGAAUUAGCAAACCUAGCUAUUGUCAAUGUGAACAGUUCAAGUUUGAAAAUCCGAGCUGGGACCUACGACUGUGAUGUCGCCUCAUGUGGACAGAUACUGUUUGGAAACGGGACCAAGCUGGAUGUUUGCAAUGAGGUAGACUCUCUUGUCUUGGUGUAUUUCUUGAGUGGAGCUUUGGUGUUCACCACCAUCCUCAGUGUUUUACUGGCUUUCUCAAUGUACAAGAUGAAGAGAAACAGCUUUCAAAAUCCAGAGUCUCCAGCAACAUUUUCCACUUCGUAUGUGACAAAUGGCGAGGGUCACCAAGACACAGACAACCUGCAUUAUGCUGCUUUAAGUGUGAAGCUGCCCAACAGAUCAAGAAGAGUGAAGAACAACUCCAACAAUGAAUGUGUGUACUCCAGUGUAAAGUAG